CAACAACCUACUCUUACCACAUCCAUCAACUGACCUUUAACUGACAACAUCCCCUUGUUCGACAGAGGCGAACCACGUUCGACACCUUCUCUUUUAUCCUCUUCGUUUUCUUCACUUUCAAGUUGUCUCGUACAUCUCCAACCCCAUCUUCAACUGGCCACGACCGCCACCCUCUCUCAACAUGUUACCCUCUGGGAAGAGGAAAGCGGAUGCAUUCAGUUGCACAUCCGCUGCUAGAGUCACCGCCAAACUGGCCUUGUCCUUUCUCGCUCUCACGACAACACCACUCGUCAACGCUUUCUUCUACGAAGAACCGAAUGCGCAGAUAGUCUUACCAAUCGAUGCAUCACCCAUCAAGCCACUUCUACCAGAGCCUCCAGCACCGGCUGAGCACAAAUUCACACUCCGACACAUCUACCACCACGGUACCUACGAACAUCCGACACUGCACCGCAAAAAGGAUGUACCCGCACAGAACGCCGACGUAUGGCUAGCGGCCGACGAUGAAUAUGGCCAAGAGCGCAUCGGAACCCUCAAGGCGCGCAGCAGCCCGGUGCGGAUACAACGACUUGCCGACCGGAGGCCUAGCGUCGUAGAUCCUAUGGUCGCUUAUGCACGACAACAAGGCUACGCUUCCGUCCUAUCACCCGAGGCAUGGACCAUGGACGAGGUUGCCGGACCUGAUAUUACGGAUAAAGACACCAUCAUAUCAUUGGCGCUUAUGGCUGCUGAUGCCUAUGUGCAGACUCCGGAUGGCGCAGACUGGGAGGAUGUUGGGGCCCCGUUCAACAGGAGCCUCGAUUUUGGAUGGGAGGGUGAUGGACUCCGGGGCCAUGUGUUUGCCGAUGAGACGAAUUCGACCAUCGUUAUCGGCUUAAAGGGAACAUCGGUUGCUGUUUUCGACGGUGACGGCACCACCACCAACGACAAGGUCAACGACAACCUCUUUUUCAGUUGUUGCUGUGCUCAGCAAGGACCCUGGACCUGGCACCAAGUUUGUGAUUGCGCGACAGGCACUUACUCUUGCAACAACACCUGUGUCGUCCAGGCAUUGCGCCAAGAGAACCGCUAUUACCAAGCCGGUCGCGAGCUUUAUGCGAACGUCACUGAGCUUUACCCCGACGCCAACGUGUGGAUUGUCGGGCAUUCGCUUGGAGGAGCCAUGAGCUCUUUGCUUGGCUUGACUUAUGGUGACCCGGUUGUGACGUUCGAGGCAGUCCCCGAAGCUCUCCCUGCCAAGCGACUGGGACUUCCUAUCCCCCCUGGAUCGGAUCCAGAUGCGCCUCAGACUCGAGAGUACACGGGAGCUUUCCACAUUGGUCACACAGCCGAUCCGGUGUACGUCGGUACCUGUAACGGAGCUACCGCAACGUGCGCUAUUGGCGGAUAUGCAAUGGAGUCAGCUUGUCACACCGGCCGGGAGUGUGUCUAUGAUACGGUUGGUGAUUUGGGCUGGCGUGUUGGCAUUGGCACCCACAAGAUUCGUGUGGUUAUUCAAGAUGUCCUCAGAAAGUAUGAAAAGGGGAUGGUGGGGAUGUUUGGACGAAACCACUACCACAACUGGGACGGCAACCACGACGACAAGCGAAGUGACCACAACCUCUACCACUACGUGCCACACUCCUGGAUGGUUCGGUUGCAAGGACAAGACCACAACCUCGACUACAUCAACAACAACUCCUACUGCGACGACAACAACAAGCAGUACCACAUGCCUAACUCCUGGAAAGUUCUGGGGAUGCUAUGAUAAGACUGCAACGACGGAUAUCGGAUCACCAUCCACUUCGACAGAGCUUAUGAUUACUUCAGCCCCAGCCCUGCCGAGCUCGGUGCUUACCCCGUCAGCAACGGCUACUCCGCCAGAGGGACAGCCUGGCGAUAGCGGUAAAUGUUGCCGUGGCAGGACAUGGUUCGGGGUGUGCAAAGACUAUGAGGGCGGUGAUGAGCCCGUUAACGAUCUAUAACGAUAAUCAUGGUGAUGGGUAAGGUAUUGGCGUUUAUUUUUUGUGAGAUUAUUUCUAGGUUUUUGGGUAUGACCACGGGCGCGAGUUGGGAAUUUCAGGAUGAAGGGUUGUAGUUUGGCACAACAGGCAGAUACAUACGCACGCUAGAGAAACACACACACACACACACACACACACACACACACACACUGUGACAGAGAGGAAUAC